AUCUUUGGCUAUAGCCACGAGGUUGUGUCAAGGAGUUAUUUUGUGAUUUUUCCGGUGUUUGGGUAAAUUACCUAAUUAAAAUGCCUUCUAGUAAUCCUUUACCCCCAAAGGAAAACUCUCUUUUCAAACGAAUACUGAAAUGCUAUGAGCAGAAACAGUAUAAGAAUGGAUUGAAGUUUGCCAAGCAAAUCUUAUCAAAUCCCAAGUUUGCUGAACAUGGUGAAACUUUGGCAAUGAAAGGUCUGACACUUAAUUGCUUGGGGCGCAAAGAAGAAGCAUACGAGUAUGUUCGGCGUGGCCUGCGUAAUGACUUGCGAUCUCACGUGUGUUGGCACGUGUAUGGACUCUUGCAACGGUCAGACAAGAAAUAUGAUGAAGCAAUAAAAUGUUAUCGCAAUGCUCUGAAAUGGGAAAAAGACAAUAUUCAAAUUUUACGUGAUUUAUCACUUUUGCAAAUUCAAAUGCGAGAUCUGGAAGGCUACAGGGACACAAGAUAUCAACUCUUCAUGUUGAGACCAACUCAACGAGCAUCUUGGAUUGGUUUUGCCAUGUCUUAUCAUCUUCUAAAAGAUUAUGAUAUGGCCUUGAAGAUAUUAAAUGCAUUUAGAAAGACCUUACUUCAGACUAUAAUUGACUAUGAACAUAGUGAGUUGUUGCUGUACCAAAACAUGGUGAUCCAAGAGUCCGGGGCCCUAGUAGAUGCUCUCAGACAUCUAGAUCAGUUUCAGACUGAAAUAUGUGAUGAACUCUCUGUACAAGAAAUACAUGGCAGCCUUUACUUGAAGCUAGGCAAGUUCAGUAGUGCUGCGGAGGUGUACAGGAAGCUAUUACAGCGUAACCCUGAGAACACAGGCUACUACGGCAGUCUAGCAGACGCUCUACAACUACACAAGUCUGAGGAGAGACUGUCACUGCUGGCGGAGUACAGAGAGGUAUAUCCCAAGGCACUGGCUCCGGCACGUCUCUACUUGAACUAUGCUCAAGGUGAACUGUUCAAACAGGAGGUAGACAGGUACCUGAGACGAGGCUUACAUAAAGGAGUGCCUCCUCUGUUUGUGGACCUCAGGUCUCUUUAUAAGGAUAAGGAAAAGGUGGCAGUAAUCCAACAACUAGCUGAGCAAUACGUCCAAGCCCUCAGUAAAAAUGGGCGGUUCAGUUUGGACGAAACAAACGAGCCUAAGGAGCCUGCUUCUGCUCUGUUGUGGGUAUAUUACUACUUGGCACAACACUGGGACUUCUUGGGCAACACAGACAAGGCUCUGCAAUACAUCAAUGCAGCCAUUGAACACACACCUACACUCAUAGAGCUCUUCGUCACCAAAGGCAGGAUAUACAAGCAUGCAGGAGAUGUAGUUGAGGCAUUCAAGUGGCUAGACGAGGCUCAAGGUCUGGACACAGCUGAUAGGUACAUCAACUCCAAGUGUGCCAAGUACAUGUUGAGGGCCAACUUAAUCAAAGAGGCUGAGGAAACGUGUUCCAAGUUUACUAGGGAAGGUGUGUCUGCAAUGGAAAAUCUAAAUGAGAUGCAAUGCAUGUGGUUCCAAACAGAGUGUGCCCUUGCCUACCAGAGGUUAGAGAAGUGGGGAGAAGCUUUAAAAAAGUGCCACGAAGUAGACAGGCACUUCUCAGAAAUAAUAGAAGACCAGUUUGACUUUCACACAUACUGCAUGCGAAAGAUGACAUUAAGAUCUUAUGUGGGACUCCUGCGGCUAGAAGACGUUUUAAGAUCACAUCCAUUUUAUCUGCGUGCUGCGAGAUGUGCGAUACAAGUCUACCUCCAUCUUCACGACAAACCACCUCAGGACGAGACUGCAGAGCAGGAUACCAAUACAGAAAACCUGGCACCUUCAGAGCUGAAGAAGCUACGUAACAAGCAACGAAAAGCAAAAAGAAAGGCUGAACUGGAGAAAGCAGCAGCAGCAACAGUAGCUGAGAAAAGAGAGCAACACAAGAACAGACAAGCGGACACUGAGCCUGACGCACCUCCUCAGGAUGAGCUGGUGCCAGACAAACUAGCCAAGGUGGACGAUCCAUUAGACCAAGCCAUCAAGUUCCUGCAGCCCCUACAAUCCCUGUGCUCCAACCUGCUGGAGACCCACCUAAUGGCAUUUGAGAUAUACUCCAGAAAAGACAAAGCGCUGCUGAUGCUGCAGAGUGUGAGGCGGAUGCACCGACUGGCCCCUGACCAUCCAGAGGUCCACAGCUGUGUCAUCAGACUGGCGCUGAGGUAUAAGGAGUGGCUGGCUCAGGACAGACUGUCAGAGCCAUGCAAGCAGGUGCUGGAGACAUGUCUGGGACCCAUCACUGGUGACCGAUCUCCUCACACCAUCAACCAACAGUUCCUGGACACUCACUCUCACUACCUCCCUGCUGUCUUCCAAGGUGCGAAAAUGAUGUAUUUACUGGAUCCUUCAAGUCAAGCAACUGCCAUUAAACUUGUGACUAACUUGGAUUCUACGAUGGAAGGAGUUACCGUUCCGGUUUGUACAGCAGUGCUCAACUCUCUACGGAAGGGUGAGUUUGGUGACUGUGGGGAUGCUGCCAGUGAGUACAUGACCCUGUGUCACCAACGCUUCCCUCUGGCCACAGCCUUCAACCCCUCCCCACCUCCGGCCACACCAUCCCGUGGCCACGUACUGGAGAGUCAAGAGAACUGCCUCAGCAACUGACACUGUCAUCAAGGUUCAGACCUAAAUCAACCCCAGCAGAGUAUGUGUGUGGCUGAACUAUGUUAGCCACUGUCAUUCAUGUACAGAUCAACGCCAGUCACAUCAAUCGACUACUAUAUUUUAUUUAUUUAAGUAUUUCUUGUGUAUAGAGUUGGUUCAUUCAGAAUAUUAUAAAAUGACAUUAAAAUA